CUGAAAUAUCGAAACACCAUCGAAUCGAAAGAAAAUUAUGAAUUAGACGCAGAAAGUGCGGGGGGCGGUAAAGCGUGGGAAGAAGUUGGUUUAACGGUUAAAGUGUGUCGAAACGGCGUCGUAAUCGUUCAUUCAUUCAUAGUCCGACAGCAUGAAAACCCCGAUUUCGGGUUUGUACCGAAACCCCGUGAAGUUCAGAAUGCCAACUGCGGAGAACUUGGUUCCCAUUCGCUUGGAUAUCGAAAUCGAGGGGCAGAGAUACAAAGACGCAUUCACUUGGAACCCUUCUGAUCCCGAUUCCGAGGUUGUCGUCUUUGCAAAAAGGACUGUUAAAGACUUAAAGCUCCCUCCCGCGUUUGUUACACAGAUUGCUCAAUCAAUUCAAUCACAGCUUGCCGAGUUUCGAUCCUAUGAAGGCCAGGAUAUGUAUGCUGGGGAGAAGAUUGUUCCAAUCAAGCUUGAUCUUCGUGUUAAUCACACGCUUGUGAAGGACCAGUUUCUAUGGGACUUGAACAACUUUGAGAGUGAUCCUGAAGAGUUUGCCAGAAUCUUCUGCAAGGACAUGGGCAUUGAAGAUCCUGAGGUUGGACCAGCUAUUGCCUUUGCUAUCAGAGAGCAACUUUAUGAGAUUGCAAUUCAAAGUGUGGUUUCAGCGAGAGAAAGCAGAAUGAGCAAGAAGGGUCGUCGAGGGGCUGAAUAUACUCCUGUCAGUAAAGGAGGCGCUGUAGCAGUGGACUUGGUUAAGUUAUUUAGUCCAAAAUCUAGUGUGGUCCGGAAAAGAAAGGAGUGGGACGUAUAUGAACCUAUUGUGGACCUACUAUCCAACGAGGAAGUGGAUGCCCUUGAAGCAAAAGAAGAGAGAAAUUUCAGAUGAAUUCUCACCAUGGUCAGCCCCGCCUUAUUGGAAAGGUAUAGUUCAAUGACAGCAUGUAUCCGAGGGUUAGAGUUCGAAAUUCUUUAUUACAUACAAGCUGUUUUGUAGGACUGGGAAUCAAUGAUUCAGAAUAUUGUUAUCGCUUUCUUUUAAUGGUUGUAGAGUUUCUUAUUUGUUCUCUGUGCCCCCAACAAAAGAAAAAAAUAUAGCAUCAUAUUUGCAUAAUUUUCUGUAAAACUUAGAUUUAGCAAGCAACAACAAUCAAGCCACUUCCCACUGAGUUAGAAAUUUCAAA